ACAUUUCGCCGUAUUCCGUAUUCAGUUUGCCGUGGAGCGUGCAGAGCGCUUUCAGUCGCCGAUUUGACCGCCAAACAAACGCAACGCAGCUCGGCUGGUUAAAGAAAACGCCUCGACAACCAAAAACCCACAAAAAAAAAAAAAAAAAAAAAAACAAAAAAGGCCUAAACGCGCUCUCCGGUCCACAGAAAUCAACAGCAACAACAAUAGCAAAAAAAAAAAUAAAUAAAAAAAAUAGCUAACCAACCAAAAAUUAACAAAAAUAAAGAAAUUACAUGUAGUUGCAAAACGAAAAUAAAGCAAAGUAAGACGAACUUGCGCAACAAAAAAGUUUGCCACUAAAAAGCAAUAGCAGUCAAGUGCAACAACAACAACAAUAAAAACAACAACAACAACAACAAAAACAACAGUUACUAGGGAGCCGCAACAAGAACAACAUGGGAAAAAAGAGCUCCAAGUUGAAACAGGAUACCAUUGAUCGCUUAACAACGGAUACAUACUUCACAGAGAAAGAAAUACGUCAAUGGCACAAAGGAUUCCUGAAAGACUGCCCGAAUGGUCUGCUCACAGAGCAAGGCUUCAUCAAAAUCUACAAACAAUUCUUUCCGCAAGGAGAUCCUAGCAAAUUCGCAUCGCUCGUCUUUCGCGUCUUCGAUGAGAAUAAUGAUGGCUCCAUCGAGUUUGAGGAGUUCAUACGCGCCUUAUCCGUCACAUCGAAGGGCAACCUGGAUGAAAAACUGCAGUGGGCCUUCCGUCUAUACGACGUGGACAACGACGGCUACAUAACGCGUGAGGAGAUGUACAACAUCGUGGAUGCAAUCUACCAGAUGGUGGGCCAGCAACCGCAGUCGGAGGACGAGAACACGCCGCAGAAACGAGUGGACAAGAUCUUCGAUCAGAUGGACAAAAACCACGAUGGCAAAUUAACAUUAGAAGAAUUUCGUGAGGGUAGUAAAGCUGAUCCACGUAUAGUUCAGGCGUUAAGUUUAGGUGGUGGUUAAAUCGAUUAACAAUGGCCGACCCAAAUCCAAUUCCACAAAAAACCAAGCGCGCAAUAAACCGAAGAAAAUAAAAACCGAUACUGAAUACUUUGAUCGAAACCCGCUAAAAAAAACGAAAAAACCAAAUCGAAAAGCUAAAGAAACCAAAAAUUUUAUUGGGGAGGGGAGGCCGGUACGGUGCCACGCCCCCUCCCCUUCGUUUUGCAUUCGCUUUCUCACUCUUCACCUUCUCUUCUCUCUACGCUUUUCUCAAUUCUCCCGAUUCUCGAUUCUCCGCGCGUCGCUUGCGACACUGAAGAUGAUAAUAAUUUUUUGAUAUAUGCAUAAAGUAUAACUAAACGAGAUGGAAAACAAAAAAAAAAUACAAUUAAACGAGUCGAAAACGAACAUGAAAAUAAAAUUAAUUUUAAAAAAUAUACACCAGAAUAUAAAUAUAUAGGAAAUCAUGGCGUAGUCAGAGCGCAGUUCAUAGCAAUAAUGGAAAAAAAAAAAACAAAACAAAACAAAAACCAAAUGGCAAACAAAUGAAUAAACUAACACUAAUUUUAAAUUAAAUCGAAAGACGUGAGGCGCAAAUCAAUUUUUGAAGCAUACACCAAUUACGAGUAAACUAAUUAAACCUACGAGUAAAUCAGCAUAAUUAUACUAUACAAUUAAACGAUACAAUUAGAGCCGAACUAAGCCUACGAAUCAAUUGCGCAGCCUUUAAAGCAAAAGCUAACGAUAAAGCGAGUUAUAUAGACUCGAUCCAAGUCAGCUAACUUCACUCACGACAGCCAACAGCAGCCACUAUAUCCACACCUAAUAUAUAUAUAUAUACAUAUAGAUACAUGUAUGAAUCUGAGAAGUGGCAGGAGACAGGACAGCACAGUUCAAAGUUCAGAGUUCAGAGUUCAGAGUUUAGAGGGGGGUCGAUCAGGAGAGGGGAGAUGGCCAAAAAAGGGGUCAAUAAACUGUCUGAUUCCUUUUGAUUUUGGACAAUACGAUUCAAAUACUUAUUCUCUUUUUAUGAGAAAAUGGCAAAAAGUCAUGUAAUAUUUUUCAGAUUUAUUUCUUAAUUUUUAUUUUGCUAGCUUGAAAUCUCGUAAGUAUACAGUUUAUUUCAUAUUAAUCAAAUUCAAGUGAAGUAUUAAUUUAAACAUUUAAUUUAAUGAAAAUUAUACUUACUCAACAGAAUAAAAUACUUACUGAAUGUUAAGAAUAUUUUAAUAACAUUUCAAUAUAUAUUGACUUAUAUUUUCGAUAUUCAACACAAGUAGAAAAAGACUCUUCCGACAAACCAAGAUUUCUACAAAAGUUUAAAGACAAGAUAAUCCCCUUACAACAGAUGAUUUUCAGGUUUUUAAAAUCUUCUUUAGAUUGGCAAUCACGAAACGCCUCCUUGAUCAAUAUUAUUGACCAGCUCCCUUCGAAAGGAGAUCAAAACUGCAGAUGGGGGUUUUUAACCAGAAUCAAAAAAGCGUUUGAAAAAGAGUGUUGCAUAACCAAAAGGCGCAGAAAAAGUGUUUGCUUUCGUUUGCUCUCUCUCUCUCUCUCUCUCUUUCUCUACCUCUAUCUGUAUCUCUUUCCCUCUCUCUCUAUCAGUAAUUCCUGCUUUGCCUUGUUUUCCGUUAAGCGUUAUACGUUCCCAACAACAAUAACCAAACCAAAACCAAACCAAACCAAACCAAAAACCAUUUACAAUAGACAACAAGAACAACACGAACAUAUUGACAAUAGUCGGAAAAGGAUGAGCAGGAGGCGGUCCAAAUCCAAAUAGAAAUCCGAAUCCAAAUGUCCUGGACAGAGAGCCCAGAAAUAGCUGCGAAAUUAAGCCAUUAAUAAAUGAUAAACUAAUCAAAGAACGCACAGCUACAACCAGAGCCACAUCAACAGCCAGAACAUGAACAUCUAUAAAUAUAUACAGACAAGUAUAUAUAUAUAUAUUUAUAUAUAUAUAGACAACACAAGUGUAUAUCCUCGAGAAGCAGCAGCUGAAGCAGCUGAACAACAACGAAGUUGGAGGAGCAGUUAGGAUAUAUAACAAUGAAACAAAUCCAUCAUACGAUUUAAUUUCUAUUCUAUAUGCGGUUCAGCUUUAUUAUUGCAUUGAUUUUUCAAUAAACCAGUCAACCGUUUUACUAUUCCGAUGACUAUCUAUAAAUACGAACCCCACGCUUUCUCACGUUCUCCCCCCGUUCAAUGUCCUUUGUAAAAUCCAAAUGAGGGAGAUCUUUGGCUCCCCUUAAAAAAAAAGAAAAAAAAAACACAAACACUCACCCGAAAAAACACCCAUACUGUAUAUCUAAUUAGUGCCUAUGUAGUAGUAAUUCUUAUUAUUUUGCCUGCUUUGCCUUCUAUAAGAACAUUCCCAAUUGACCGAUUUACUUUUAUCUUUUCCUAUGCUUUCCGUGUCUUUAAGCACCGAUCUAAAAGAAUAAACACGAUCAAAUUUUAAGAAUAAUGCCAUGCCACCACAACACAACCAAAAAAUUAACACAGACACACACACACGCACACAUAUAGCCACAUGUAUGUGUAUAUAUAUAUGCCUAAACUUAUAUAUACCCUAUAUAGUAAGCACUGCAAUCGAAAGAAAGUUAAGGAACUAUAACGAAACCAAAAAACAAAAACAAAACGAAUACAAAAACGCUUCUAUAAACCUCACUGAAAUUCUUCGAAGAAAAAAGAAAAACUGAAAUAUAUAACACUCACACACACACAUACGCAUACUGACACGCUCACACCUAUACACACUUGUACGAGUAUAUUAACAAUAAACGUAAUGCGAAAACUUAAUCAAUAAUUAAAUAAUUCGAAAGUGAUAUAGCUGACAAAACAAAUGUGUCUGUAGUCUAGUAGUUAAAAGAAAUUGAGAAAACGAAACAAAAAAAAAAAAACAAUUUAUAAAUAAUAUUAACUAAACUAUUAUUAUGACAGAGGAAAAUUGGAGGCGACGGGGAAAACGCAACGCAAUUUUCACGUUGACUUUUUUUUUGUAAGGAGACGCGGAAAUAAGCAAAUCAAACUGUAAAUAACACUAAAUGAAUCACGCACACCACCACAACACACACCACGCCCUCACACACACAUUCACACACACACGCAUACCCACUUAAACACUGACAAAGAGGAGUACCGAAUAAGUUUGUUAACACCAAAACAUAACGGGUCUUAAGUAACAAAAUCGAAAACAAAAAAAAUAUAAUACGAAAAAUUGACAAAAAACGAAAAAAAAGAAAAACAAACAGUAAGUUAGAGCAAGGAAUUUUUUUUGUGGAUUGAAUUGGAUGGGUUUGAAACGAAUCAAGUCAAUUGUAAUAGCCGACAAAACGAAUACGAAAAUUAUUGAAUAUUUAUAUUAAUUUACAAUGGGCCGGUGAGUAGGGCUUUUUUCCGGAAAAAGCAGCACACGACCGAUGGAAGUCGAAGAUGAGUUUCUUUCCACCGCCGUUGACAAACCACACGAAUGUCAAGUUAAACGUUUCACAAGCAAUAUUUUACAUACUUAUACAUGCAUUAUAUACAUAUAUAUACAUAUAUAUAUAUAUGGGUAAAUAUAUAUAUAUAUAAAUAAAUAUACGAUAAUAAAAAUAUAUACAUAACUUAUAUACACACUCAGCAAUAACGAGUCGACCGGCAAAAUAGAAAUAAUAAUAAUAAAAUAUUGCAUGGCAGAAACAGAAGCAGAAACAGAUAUCCAAAUGCGAAAUGUCUGAUAAUGCGAAAAUAAACGUAAAAAUCCAGAUGAUAGCGAAAGGAAAUUAAUAACAUUUUUAGUGAUAUUCUUUAGCAAACUUGAAUCUGAUUUCCUUGCUAAGAACGAAACGAAAUGUAUAAAGUCAAGAAGAAUUCAAAGGGAAAAACAAAAAACAAAAACGAAAACCGAAAACCAAAAAAAUAUAACGAAAACAACAAUUAAAGCAAAGUGCGUAUAUUUUACAAACAGAAAAAAAACAACAAAUGCUAAAAAAGAUACAAACAAAUUUUUUUCUCCCAUUUUACCUUGACUCGACUUUCGGUUCAUUUGUUAUCUCCUUUGUACUACUCUAUUUACCGUUAUUUAUCAUCAUUAUUAUUCCGAUUAUUCCGAUUGUUAUUAUUAUGAUUAUAUAUGGCAACGUCGACGAUUGCGAUUACGAUUACGAUUACGAUUAUUGUGUAAACAACACACACAUGCAAAACUUAUAAGAAACAAAAAAAUGGAAAACUUUAUAGAACAUACAAAUGAAAAUCAAAUUCUUUUACCAAGGAAAAAUACUUAAUUAUUUUUUUUAAGUAAUCGCCUAAGGGGGAAUGGAAAAUUUAUCUUGUUACUGUCAGAAAAUAUUACUUACUUCAAAUAAAAAUUUUAAAGCGAG